AUGGAUUUUGGUUUUAUCAUAUUUGUAGAAUGGGAAACCUCUAAGAAACGUAAAAUGCACACUACUGACUCCUUGAAAUUUAUGGCUCAGCAUGUCCGAGAAGAUGUUUGCCAAACAUUCAAGAAAGUUCGUAAAGUACCCAGAUGGUUACGGAUCUUGAAAACGAUCUACCACGAUUACGGGCUCAAGCACAUUUGUUUGAUAUCAGUUCUUAUUAUUUAUCAAUUUAUUGGCGCCGGUGUUUUCUAUUUUUGUGAAGCGGGUUAUGAUGAAUCUAAAGAGAAGAUUUGGAAUAUGAGAAUAGCCGAAAAUCGAACAAGAUUCGUAUUCGACAUUAUUCCGUUGAUGUUUAAUAACACAGACUAUUUAUUUUUUCUCACCCAGGAACAGACUAAUGAGGUUUCCGCAAAACUUCAUGCGGAAGUGACUCGGUAUGAAAGACAGCUAGGAAUCAAAUAUACGGAUCAAAAAAUCAAAUGGGAUUUCUGGAACGCUAUGCUUUAUGCGCAGACGAUUUGCACUACGAUCGGAUACGGGCACUUAUACCCUUCUACGGUAUCCGGACGAGUAUUCACGAUGAUUUAUGCAAUUUUUGGAAUACCGCUGGUGCUCUCGAUAUUGGACGAUCUUGGUAAUUUUACUGAGACUUUAGAUUUGUAUCCUUUCUAUUCAAGUUAUGGAACAAUAGUCUUGCACCAAAAUAGAUGACC